AUGGAUCCUCCGUCCACCGACCUUCCGAAACCCCCAGUCCCUUAUGUCGAGGGCUGGGUAUUCAGCAUCCAAUCACACAUUCCUCCACCUCCGACACCCGUGACCAAAGAUUGUUGCCGUAACUUUCAAGCUGGUAGGGCGGAAAGCAGACAGCUUCGCCCAGUCGAACGGUGCCUGCGACAUCCUCCAUUACCAGGAAACAUGGAACCGCGCACCGUCAACUUGAAGGUUCUUGAUUUACUGAGAGUGGGAGACGGCUGCAAUGCUCAAGUCUUCACUGUGCAGGUUCUCGAAGUUAGACCUGAUCCUCGAUGCUUCCAAUCAAAUAAAAAAUUGGUUGCCAAAAUAUACGACCCUCUUUAUUUCAGCGAUGAGGAGGGAUUUAUUAAUCCUUUUCUUUGCGUGGACAAGCAUUAUACCCACGAGGCUCAUGCUUACGAUGUCCUAUCCAAGUCGCACGGGGGGCGAGUACCUAGGUUCUACGGGUCUUAUUCAUUGAAUAUUCCUGUUGACAGGUCUGAAAUGCGCACCGUUCGACUUAUCCUGAUGGAGUAUAUACCAGGGAUAUCAAUGCAACAAGCCAAUCCAGAAAAUUUUUCUCGCCUUGCUCGCCAAGAGAUCAUGAAAUCAGUGAUUGACUUCGAAAGUCGACUGUACGAGCAAGAUAUCUUACUCACGGAUCUAAGCCCUAGAAAUGUCAUCAUGGUGGAGAAGCCCGGCUUUGAUCCGAGACGAGAUCUUCUUUUCCUUGACUUUGCUGGCGCUCUUUUCGGUCGCAGAAGAGACGAUCCACUUGCUAUCGAAUCAAACCUGUUCCUCGGUCGCUAUAUUUCACCUCUUCUACGGUGGGAUAAGACUAUGGCAAUGCAAUUUAAUGACUGGAUUGAUUGGGAUUGGCAGCCCUGGAUCGAAGCCGAGUAUGCUCACACUGCCGCAACGAUCACACCGGAAAUGCGGGACACAUACUGCCGAUGA